UUGGAAUCUAAAAGAAAAAAAGAAAGGAGCUCAAAUGGGGUUUAGGGUUUACUACUAUCCUUAAAAAAAACAAAAUAUGAACCUGCAAUCUGCUUGUUCUUUGCUUCAACAUGAAGCUUCAAUCCCCAAAUGUUCUCAAUUCCAGUUUCACAAUGUUUCUGUGUCAUCUCUGGUGCGGAAAAACAAUGGCAGAAGCUAUGUUCGAUUGGAGAAAAGAAACCCUUUUGCUCAAAACGGUUUGAAAUUUAUUCCAUCACUGAAGAAGGGGUUGAUAGUGUAUGCCUCUAAUUCUAGUCCUCCGGAGAAGUUAAAUUAUGAUGGCAGGGAAAGUAGGAGUGUAAGCGUAAUCGCCAGUAAUGGAUCUGAACCAUUUCGGGGUAAAUCGGGUUCUGUUUCAUUCCACGGGCUUACUCACCAACUGAUUGAGGAAAGUAAGUUGGUGUCAGCCCCUUUUGAGGAAAAAAGAAGCUCCUUUCUCUGGGUUCUUGCUCCUAUUGCGUUGAUCUCUUCUUUAGUGCUUCCUCGGUUCUUCAUUGCUGUUGCAGUUGAUGACUUAAUCAAGAACGCGACCUUUGCAGAAAUUGUGUCUUCAUUUUUCUCUGAGGUCAUGUUUUAUAUUGGCCUUGCGACAUACCUUCGGGUCACUGACCAUGUUCAGAAGCCAUAUCUACAAUUCAGUGCAAAGAGAUGGAGCCUCAUUACUGGGCUAAAGGGAUAUAUAACAUCUGCUUUCUUUGUAAUGGGGUUUAAGAUUUUUGCCCCACUCUUUGCUCUUUAUGUUACCUGGCCUUCACUUGGCUUGCCAGGCUUGGUUGCAGUGGCUCCUUUUCUGCUUAGCUGUUUGGUACAAUAUUUAUUCGAGAAAUUUCUUGACAGACAUGGAUCAUCUUCUUGGCCUGUGGUGCCAAUUAUUUUUGAGGUUUACAGGAUAUAUCAGUUGACAAGAUCCGUACAUUUUGUGGAGAAGCUGAUGUUUGCCAUGAGCGGAGCUCCUGUCACUCCCGAGUUGUUUGACAGAAAUGGAGCAUUGGUUGCUUUGAUAGUGACUUUCCAAGUCUUAGGAAUAACUUGCUUAUGGUCGUUGCUUACAUUUCUUCAAAGGCUCUUUCCUUCAAGACCUGUUUCUGAAAACUACUAAUCUUUGUAGAUGAAGAUGUUGAUCCUUUUCUCUUUUGUUCUAUAGAAACUUUGAGUUUGCAUUAGUCCAAUUAUCUGAUGCAGUAUUUGGUCC